AAUUAGAUUCUUUUGGAGGAGAUGAAGUUUAAGUUAGCCACGAGAGAGAUUGAAAACAUGUGGCUGUGUUAUGUAAAGAGACCGAGUCACACGAACAACUCCUCCCACACGCCAUUUCUCCUACCACUCGAACCUAACAAACCAAAACCCGCCACGUUUAAUCUGAAACCCGAGUUCCCGUGAGUUAGGAUCUUUACUUGAAGGAACCAGACAUGAUCGCAGAGUCACACAUACACACACAAACCUUUAGAAGUGUUUUGUCGUCCCCCUCGUAUAGAAUCCAUUGUGGGGCGACACAAACAUAAUAUCUUCUUUUUGCUUAUGCUCUUCUUGAUCUUCUCUCAUAAGAUUUGUUUCUUUCAGGUGGAUUUAGCUUUCCCAUCUAAUUAGCAAAGAAAAAAAAAGAAAGAAAUUCUACUCUUUUCGAUCUAAAGUAUUAUUUGAUCUUGACUUAUUUCAGAAGGGAGAAGAAGACCAAGAAGAAGAUAAAUUGGAGGAAUGAAAGAUGAGGCGAAGAGGAUAACAAUUCCUCCAUUGUUCCCAAGGGUUCAUGUGAAAGAUACUGAACGAGGAGGCUUGUCUCAGCCAUUUGAUGGCAAAACAAUGUCUCCAUAUAAACAUUCCAUUCUUCCAUCUCCGACCGACAAGAUCUCUGAUUCUCCUUCCACUCUCUCACUGUCUCUUCCUCCUCCAGCCAACAACGCUUGUCUCCAGACUGAUCGAUCUGAAAUGAAUCAGUUAUCACCAAACUACAACACUUCCCCAGCAUCAAAUCUUGAAGGGAAGGUGAAUAAAAAAGGCAUGAUUUAUCCAAGUCCUAGAGGAUCAUCAGUUAAACCUAGUUCAAUAAAACAAAAUGAGUACAACCUUACCAACUUGGAUUCUCUUAAGGUUCCUGUUUUUAGACUCCCGGAGACAGAUCCAAAAGCAAACACAGAUUUGUCACUACAGUUUCAUAAUAGCAGUACCAGUAAAUCAAGAGGAGAAGCUGCUGGUUUCAAACCUCUCCUGAACAAUCUUGAUAUUCGAGAAUUACUUUUGCCACUACAGUGUUUGGAAGAUGAAAGCAAUAAUGGGUCUCUUAGUGUGAUGAAAACUCAACUGUAUAGAAGAAGAACCCCCAAAACUGUGCCUCCAUGUGAACAAGAUGCCUCAGACUGCUCUGCAAUAGACUCUUUGUCUGGUAUGAGUGCAACUUCUAAUGAUGUUGCCAGAGUGAUAGGUGAGAAGAGAUUUUGGAAGAUGAGAGCUUAUAUGAUCAGUCAGCAGAAGAUCUUUGCCACUCAAGUCUUUGAGCUGCAUAGACUGAUAAUGGUUCAGAAAAUGGUUGCAAAGUCGCCAAACUUGGUUCUCAAAAAUAAGAUCAAUGGUGGUUCAAAGUUUAAAAGACCAAACACCGAGAAUCAAAAACCUGUAACCGAAGCCUAUCCAGAGCAUAUGAAACCAAAGAUUCCUUUACCAUUCAUAAGCAAAGAGCUCAUGACCCCAAUUUGGCAACAACAGCUACUUCCUCCACAAGAAAACCAGUGGUUAGUUCCUGUAAUGUCUCCUUCAGAAGGUCUGGUCUAUAAACCAUACGCAGGUCCAUGUCCUCCUCCUCCUUCAGCUUUCAUGGUUCCUAUUUAUGGACAAGAUUCGCCCUCCAGGUUCCCUGCUUCUACUCAGUUUAGCCACAACUGCUUCCCACCGAGGACAGCAGUACUUGACCAGACAAACCCGUUUGGUCAGCUUCAAAGAUGGUCAAGCACAUCUAGCCACAUGACUCAAGCGAUUCCGUUUUCGUUAAAGAAGUCUCAGGAGUCUAAUGACAGUGAGGUACAUGGAAGUACAGCUUCAAGUCCACCAGAGAAGCAUAAAUUUGAUGUUCUUCCACUUUUUCCUACAGAGCCUACUCAUCACACUGAUGAGUAUGAGCAGAAACAGCAACCACUUUCUGGUGCCAUUAAAGCCAUUCCUCAUAACUCAACAUCUGCCUCUGAAUCUGCUGCAAGAAUUUUCCGUUCUAUUCAGGAAGAAAGGAGGGACUCAGAUCAUAUGAUUAGUUAGUUUUCUUACUUUCUCCACAUUCUUUUUCUUUAUAAUUUCUUCUUCUUAUACCUUAGAUUUUAUACUAUUUACUCUUCAUGAGAAGAUGUAAAUCAAUACUGUCACUAUACAUAAAGCAUACACACAUCUUAUACUGAUAUUGUAUUGACAAACAGCAAAUAAAUGAUAGAUUCUUUUGUUCUAUUAA